GAUUGGAGAAGAAGACAAAGAAUUUGCAGAUGGCAGAGCAAAAUGCAAUGAUACAUGAAAAACACUGCAGUGACUUGCAAUCGCGGGCGAAGUGCAAGAAACUUACAGAGAAACAAAGUGAUCGAUCGAAAGCAUUGCUCGAUGCUUUGAAGCACCAGGAGAAAGAGCAAAUCGAUUUUACAAAUGUUGUCAUAUCACGUGUCUUGUGCAUAUCAUGGACAAGACCUAUAAAGGGAAGCAUAUUUCUGCCGCAAAUGGCAGCGUACAUACAAACACAGAGACAGCUAGAUUUUAGCGAUAUUAUCCGUCAGGCAUUGAUGGAGGUUUUAUGCAUGUUUUCGAGAAGGGAAGUUCCUUUGAUGGCUCCUUCACCUUAUCGAUUCUCGCUGAUUCUAUUAGUCGAAAACAACAUCUUAUCAGAACCGAAAAGUCUUAUUUAUUUAUUAGAUUGUUAUUCAAGAGUUGCAAUUGAAGAAAAAAAUUAUGGAAAGCAAUCCAGUGUACCUCCUCUUUCCAAUGUACUGACAAUUUUAAAAGCGCAAUGUGUUCAGUAUUCCAGCCUUGUUCUACAAGGGUUAAUCGGCAUUUGCCAAGCUGCUGUCAUACCUAUGUGUAUCACUCAUUUUGGCAACCUGAUAUUAUUGCAGAACUUACCUCGGGGCUAUCUUCGCGAGUUCGUGGCUACUAUAUACACCAAUCAGGACACAUUCAAUAAAAUUUUCACUCCAGUCUUACAAAAGCUAUAUCUCGCGCUGCAGAAGGCGAGCUUGUUCAGCGAGACGCUGAAGAAUGGCGAAAAUAGAAAAGCGAUCGAGGUGCUAAGUUAAUUGAUAGAUAUUCGCUGUGGAUCAAACGGCAAUAUACAUCCGAUUUGCCAUUUGAUAACGAAUCAAAUUCAAUUCUUGCCUGAUGUUAUGACAUCAGCAGCCGAAAUAGAACUCACGAGAAUCUCAUUCUUUGGACAGUUUCUCUCCGUAUUGAUAUGUGCCGAAGUGCAACCGAAACUGGCGGAGGAACUCUUCAGCGAAAAUGUUUCUCUUACCAUGAACACGGCGUAUCUCAUAUUGCAGGAAAGGUUGGAGAAUAUCAGAAUGUCGUUGCACAAGAUGUUUGAUGCGAUAUUCGCGAAUAGUAGCUGCCGCGAUGCCACUCUUGCGUACUUGGCGGCGUUGCUGCGUCACAACAAGAAACGCAUGCAAAUACAGACGGAGGACAAUCCCUCCUUGGCCGGAGAUGGAUUUAUGUUGAAUCUAUUAUCGAUUUUGCAAAUGCUCUCUGCGAACAUCAAGCUGGAUACUGUAGACCCGCUAUAUCCAUUUCAUCCUUCCAGUUUCAUCGAGAUAAAGAACGACACAAGACUGAAAUUCACUUCGCAAGAGGUUGUGGAAUGGCAGAAACAUUUGGAGAGCACACACAAGUGGACGAAACCGAAGUUUCCGACACAAUGUUGGUUCCUCACGCUGCAUUGUCAUCACAUCGCGCUGUUACCGGCGUUGCAAAACUAUCGGAGAAAAUUGUGUGCCUCAGAGGAUUUACAAGAAAUGCUCGACGAAUUGCAAACCACAGAACCCCAAUGGAAAGAUGGUCCUUUAGUGGAGUACAAUAGAGACUUGAUCAAACAAUGGAAGCAACAGUUGAAGCGGCUGGUUAUAUCCAAAUCAUGUGCGGAGGCAAAUCUGAUAGAAUCCACCUUUUUUAGCAGAUGCUCACACUUUUAUAAAUCGGUCGCCGAAUUUUUGUUGAGUCUUCUAACGCAGACUGCUCCGGGUAGUUCUCUUCCCGAACUUCCGUUGUUUCAAGAAGUUACGUGCAAAUUCACCGCAUUACCGGAAUGGUACGUGGAAGACAUAGUGGAAUUCUUGUUAUUUACAUUCGAAUUCUGCCCAAUACGGUUUAAUGCGGAUAAAUCGCCGCUUAUCAUUUUGUUACUCGACAUCGUGUGUACGCCACAUUGUAUACGAAAUCCGCAUCUAAUCGCAAAAAUUAUCGAGGUUCUUUAUAAUAUAUUUAAGUUAUAUAAGGUUCAGGUAGGAGUUUGUACACAGGGAACAGAAACUUUUGACCAUAAAUUCAUGGCACACCCUAUAUCCAAGACAUUUUUGGCGUCGUAUCUCAUGAAGUUUUAUAUCGACAUUGAAACCAUUAACAUUAGUUCCGAAUUUGAGGAUAAGUUUGAAUUAUGUUAUCACAUAAGUAUAAUCUUAAAUUCGUUGUGGCAUAGCCCGAUGCAUCGACCGUCUAUCGUCAAUGAGAGUAAUAACGGCAAGCACUUUGUUAAGUUUAUCAACAUACUGAUUAACGACACCAUUUUCCUGCUCGAGGAGGCUCUGGAAUAUCUGACGUACAUACUCGAGAUGGAGGAACUUAUGUCCGACACUAUCGCGUGGAAUGCUAUUUUGCAGGAGCAACAACAAUCGAGAACGAGACAGCUGGCGGAGAACGAGGAACAAGCCAGAUUUUCUCUUAAAUUAGCCAAGGAAAUAGUUGCCAUGUUUCAUGAUUUAACAGUCAACAUUAAGGAACCGUUUCUACGACCGGAAUUAGUCGGACGAUUGUGUGCCAUGUUGAAUUUCAAUUUGCAACAGUUGUGCGGAUCUAAGCCUGCAAAUUUGACAGUGGAAAAACUGGGAAAAUACGGAUGGGAACCGAAUCUGUUAUUCUGUCAAUUGAUUGAUAUAUAUUUACAUCUUGACUGUGAUAAUUUUGCGGCUGCUUUAGCGAGUGAUGAACAUUCGUUUUGUAACGAGUUAUUCACUGACGCUGCGAGUAGACUAGAGAGAUCUGCCAUCAAAACUACGAUGGAAAUUGAGAGGUUCGUAACUCUUGCUGAGCGUGCGACGGUAAUCGCGACAGACAAUCGCGCGCGUGGCGACGCUCCUGAGGAAUUUCGGGAUCCAUUAAUGAACAUUCUUAUGGAGGAUCCAAUCAAGCUACCGUCUGGUAUUGUUAUGGACAAAGCAAUUAUCAUUAGACAUUUACUCAACAGUGCCACGGAUCCUUUCAAUCGGCAGCCGCUUAGCGAAGAUAUGCUCAUGCCAAUGCCCGACUUGAAAGAAAGAAUAUCAAUAUGGAAACAACAAAAGAAAUAGUACUAAGGUGACAAGAAUUAUACACAUAAAAAUAAAAAUAUAGGGAAGGAAA